AUGACAGUGAGUUCCUACCAACAACACACACUUCCCCGCAAAGAAACCUACCUAGCCACGACCGAGGACUCGGAGGUAUAUUUCGCGCUCUCGCGCAAACCCACUGCGGUCCCUCAGAAUAAGGGUGUAGGUUUUCUCAAACCUAGUACAGGGGCACGGAGGGAAUCCUCGGUAGGAAGUCGAGUGUAUGUGAGAACCCUCUGUCCACACAAAUACACACUGAACGAGCUUUCGCUAACGUUAACGAUUGUACGCAAGAGUAACGGCGUGGAUAUCAGGUUGUGCAUCGAUUACAAGCUGGUAAACAGCCUCACGAGAUUGAUGGUCUAUCCUAUGCCCCUGAUCAGCGAUCUGCUAGAAGAUCUUGAUAAAGCACUAUGGUACUGUUCGCUGGAUGUGGCCAGCGGCUUCUGGGUCGUGCCCAUGACGGAUCGGGCUCGCGAGAUAUCAGCAUUUAUCACACCGUUUGGAUUAUUCGAAUGA